CCGUUCAGACAGAUACACAGGUGCAUCUAUAUGGGUAUAUGGGUGGUCCGUAUCCCAAGCUGUCAGUCAUGCUGACAGUGAGCUAUACAGGUGCGUUGAAUGGCCAGUUACUAUAUGGCAAUCAUUCAUCAUAGAAACAUCCUAUAUAAACACCACCCCGAAUAUCAGAGCGUCAUUUCAGUUUCAACAGUCAGCAAGGAAAACAUGGAUUCAUCAAACGCACCAUUCACCUGUCCACAGUGCGGGAAAGGUUUUAAUAGAAAAGAUAACCUUUCCCGUCAUAUGCGAUCUGUUCACCAGGGUGAACGUUACGCGUGCGAGAAAUGCUCUAAAAGUUUUUCUUCCAAACAAAAACUAAACCAGCACAAGUGCGCUGCCUGCUCGCAACAACGCCUAUCGGAAUACCGUUGUAGCAAAUGCCCCGAGGUGUUCCCCUCUCCCCGUGACUUGGCCGUGCAUUUUCGACGGUGUCAUUCUAGCGGCGCAACACAGACGUCGCGUGAUGACGCACGGCCGUCUACCUCCAGUGCAGUACCGAUUAGUGGGGGGACAACCUCUACAAACCAGCCUACACCGUCCACCUCCUCGGGGCAGGUUGCAAGGGCGGGAAACUGUCGUGCUAGUGGAGCUCCCUCGUGUUCCCGCAUCGCAGCAUCGGAUGGUUGUACUACCUGCCGGACGUGUCAUAGGCGUUUCGAGGAUCGGUUGUCUCUCUACCGUCAUCAGAUGAUAGAGGGACACCGUGUCCUACCAUCGCAGUCCGGCGGGAGUAUGGAUACCGAUGCUGUUGGUAGUGAGCUCCAACCACGCCCAUGGGGAGAAGGUCCCGCCCCGUGGGUAGAGGAGAGCACUGGCAAGGUGACGGAGCCCGGACUCCAGGAAGCCUAUGACCUGGACGCUCCCUACAUCCUCGCGCGGGACCAACCCGGGGAGGUGUUUUCGACAUUCAACCUCCCCGUCAGCAACAACUUUUCGAUAGGUGAGUUGAUGGAACGCGCUAGGGGUAUCUAUCAAUCAUUAAGUUAUAGUUUUAGGUUCAAUCUAGCGUUCGGUGUCAUCCUGCGUCACGUGGAGACGGGACGCUAUCGCUAUUUCCAUCCUUACGCUGUCGAUCCGCUCUUUACUAGUCCUCUCUAUAUCACCGAGCUGAGGGAUCUCGAACGGUUGCGUCAGAGACUGGAAAGCUUAGAUGUGAUGUCUUAUCUAUUGAAACAACGCCCCGAUACCAAAUGGAAACCCGUUUUGAUCACGAAUGUACAGUUUUACGCGUACAGAAUGAAUUUUCCUUUAGGCCAUCCCCCUGUUGCUCUCCCCGAUUAUCUGAAACACCAUAAAGCUAUUAUCUGUUUACAUUAUAAUGCUAAUUCUGGUCGACGAUACGAGGACCAUUUAUGUGCUUUCCGGUGUCUGGCUCUGUAUCGAGAUCCAUCCGCUCGACCAUCACUAGAAAAGCCUACCAAAGCUCUUUACUAUCAGUGGGUCGCCUACACUCGGGACCAUCAUCUCCAAUCUUUGUAUCAAGUUCGUCCCGAAGAGUACGCGGGUCUCCCCCCCUUCUCUCCUGUGUCACUUUGAAGCCUGU